GAAUCGCUUUCAAUGUUUUACCGCUUCCCUCGGUCAAUGCCACUUUUCGCAAGAGUCUCGUAGUGUUCCACUUUUCCGUAAGUAUCGACAGUAACACGGCCGUUGUGGCUUUCUGUCUUAGGGAUUCGAAUAUUACCAGCGUGACUUAUGCCGAAAAUUGGUACACCAUAUACAGAUGCACUUUACUUCGAAUUUUUUCGAAACGGAAUACCGACGUGACAUUUGCAUCGGUUGCAACACAUUGAAAAAGAAUGCCACUCAACGCGCGUACUUAAAUACUACCAUCUACGCAAUAUCUAAGAAUAGAAUACGCUUUCCUACUGUCCGUAUAUUACUCGUUACACUUUUCGGGUCGCAUUUUCAAACGCUCUCUCGCCAUUUGGUACGACCAGGGUCGCACCUGAUACAGGUGAAAGCGUUAGUCCAGACUUUUUCGAUUUUAGACUUACGAGGCUCGAUUUUUCCAACGAACCUCGGAAAACCAGUGCCGCUACUGGUUCACUCUGGCGUCACAUAUAUCGUAUCGCUGAAUUUUUACUUAAGAAAUGGACGAAAAUAAGAUCACGGAGAACGGAUGUUUCGUACGACUAAAUAAACAUGUACGUAGUUGCGAGACGUAUUCUUCGCGUCUAUUAGAAACGACUCCUGGAAGAUUUUAUGCGACUGGCAUAGCAUAACAUUGAAACUCCGAUGAUUAAACAUCGUACGAUUAUUUUCGAUUGUCUCGGGAUUUCCGACAGCAGCGUCGGAACCGAUGAACGGUACAAUUCGCCUAAAGAGGAACAAACUGGUUUUCGUUCUGGUACUUUCGACAUAUCCUGCUACGAAGAAAGAGUUAGUGGAUGUGUGUAGAAAAUGAAUAGCACUGAAUGAUUCGAGAAAGCAACGAUUCACCUUCGAAACAGUUUCCAUACGAGGGAUUAUUUUUCCAGGAAAAUUUCGCCGUUAACAGGAAACGAACUCGAACGGGAAAGAUGUUUAUUUUGUUUAAAUUUCAUUUUUCUAAAACUCCCCAUCGAGAUAACCAGAUAGAAAGCGUUAUUUUACUCUCCGUUAAUUCGAUCAAGCGAGAGUAAAAUUCCGUUAGGGUUUAUUAUUUCCGGUGAGAAUUCUGUCUGUUAAAUUCUGCCCAAUUUCCAAGCGAAGGAAAAGUGCACGAUGCGAAUUUCAUGACUUUCUCCUCCCGUGACGCUCUGUGUUCCAUUAUCAUUGUAGGAAGUUCAAAGCGCAAUUACGCGGUGAAAAAUACCUCGAGGCUAUUAGGGAGAGAACAAACAGCGUUAGAAACGCAAUCUUUAUGACAUUCGAAAUUUCUGUUCGUAACGGCACCAAUCACGAAGCAAGUAUUCGUCGUUCAACUUUCGAUUAUAUUCAACUUCGACCGGCCUUCCCAAAUUCUCUAAUAUAAUUUUACGAUAUUCCACGUGUUAGUCGCAUUCAUCGUGAUAUUUAAACUUAGUUCGUAGAUUUUCUUUUUAUUUUAUUUGAAAGAAUUUUACAAUCAAUUCUCAUUGAGAAUUAUAAGUAAAUUAUUCCGACGUGCCACUGUGUCGUGUGUAGUUGGUGGAUGUAAGAAAAAGCUUAACUAAAAGAAUCUCCGACAUAACGAAGAUAUGAUAGGCAGAGUACGAAUUUCUCCAUUGUUUUGCUUGUGUUUAAAAAAAUAUAAAUUUGCAUAAACAUCCGCGAUCCAGCUAUGCCGAGAUUCGGUGCUAUUUCUAAAACAAUGGACGAGUUUCUUCGAUGGUGGCGCGUCACGCUGCUUAACUCGGCGACAAGCUUAUGGAUGAGUGUUCUUAGGAUUUCCGCGAAUAUCCUUCGUGAUACGUGUAAAGGUAACGUUAGAAAGUUUCAAGGAAGACUCGGUCUUCAGACACGGUCGAAGUAGAAACCGCGGCAAUUAUCGAAAUUACGUCACACUAGAUACAAAAACAGCCCGGAGAAAGGAUUACAUGGAAACCGGGCUUGCAAACGCAACUUUCACGUAACGCUGGACUUUUCUUCGGCUGUUCUCAAUCCUUUAUCAUUCUGUUUCUCGGACUGCAUAAACGCCGUGAUAUAAUAACGGUUCGCGAACAACGUCGCCGAACAGCACCGUCUCAGUCUGCCGCUUCCUAGUUCGUGGAACACGCCGUCUCACGAUCUAUCGAAAUCUUCACGCGGCCAGUUCUUGUAUAAGACACGUAAACGCGUAUGCAACCGCUUUCGACGAAUCUUGAAAUGCUUAAAAUGCUCGUUUAGAUUAUAAUUAUACGCAGUUUACUCGUAUCGGAACUUCUCUCGUGUCUGAUUUAUUAUUUCGACCUCAGGAUUACAUAAACAGAUAUUUCCUUAUGUACUUUCUAUUAUAUGUUUCGCCUUCGAACAGGUUUCCUUCCACAUAAACUUACAUGGGCAAGUAGAACGCGUCCUACACGAGUGCUUAUUCUAUCCUGUUCGAAACUUGCACCAAUUUCAAUGAAAAUCAGCCGAAUUCCCGCAACCGCAAACAGACACCGAUCGAAUUGAUUUUCGUCUCUCUUGCUCGACGAGGUGGCGGUUCUUUCUAAAAUAUGUACGAAAAGUAGGAAGCAUAUACGUAUCUGCGUUCAAAGUUACGUAACGACAUUCCUGUUGAAUACAUUGCUAGCUGCUUGUCUUAUGUACGUCAAGACCCUUUAAUUAACGACGACUAAAGCCCGUUAAAUAGAGGGAAAAGCACGCCUUCGUACAAAUAGCGUUCGUCGAUAGAAUUCCAGUGUUUAGAGUUAUCUCGGUAUUCGAUCGAGCAUUAAAUUGUCAAGUUUAUGAGCCAUGUAUGAAGUCGCUCGAUCGUUCGUACCAUCCAACAACAAGUCGAUAGUUCGUAGGCGAGUUUCGAUAAAUUUUACUUGCAAAAUCUGCCGAUCGAGUACAAAGCCGCUGGCUAACGUAACCAACGGACGUUUUCGUUCAUCGAUCAGAGAUUAUGGAACGCGUUUAAGUGGCCGUUUCGCUUCCUGCUCGUUAGAAAACUGAAUCAAACGCGUUAUAAUUUUAUUCUGGUGUCGCAUAACACAGCUUGAUACAACCAAUCGAUGAACGUAUCCUCGGAUUAUGGAUUCCGGGCUUUAUUAUUAACGAGAGAAUUAAUGCGAAACAGGAAUCAAGAAAUCGCCAUACUACCGAUUUUUUUAUAAUCCAUUAUAAAAGGUCAACAUGAUGUAACCGAGGCCGAUAAAUUUACCUUCGUAUGAAUGUGUAUGUUUAAAUAAAAUAUUAGAAAACACGUAAUAGAAAUAUUUCUAAAUGAUUCGUGUGUUAAGAUCAACGAAAGUUCAAUCAUGCGUAUAUUAAUAUUGCGACACGAACGAUUACGUUUAGGGGAACCUUUCUCUUUCCAAAUUACUUUCCCUGAUCGAUCGUGCAUACGUGCGAUUUAAAACGUUUAGUCGAUCGGAAGCGAGCGAUAAAAUAAACCGUUACAUUCCACGAUCCAUAGGGGAACUAGUCGUUUCGAGUUAAUCGCCAGAUUCUGGAUUAACUCACUUUAAAACUUCGUUUACCCAUCGAUUUUCCAUCUAGUCGUUCGGUCCGAUACGUAAGAAGUUGUAAUCGCAUUUCGUUCCAUGAAAUUUUAUUAUUUGCUUAUUUUCAUUCCAAGAAUUUGAAUAAAUAUCUCAAUGGUGAUUUUCAAUUAAGCGACGGUCGUAAUUAAUCGUGAUUCGCCAUUCGAGCGUGUAAAAGUCAGCGUCUUUCCCUCGUUGGCGCGAACGCUGCGAGAAAUUUCGUUACAUUCGCUGAUCGACGAAUAAGGAGUACAUGCAGCGAACUGAAUCAGAGUUUUUUAGUAACUCUCGUUGCGAUAGCUCUUGAACUUUAUCAAGGAGACCGCGGCCAUCAGCGUGUUAUUCCAAGCGACAGACCUUGCAAACCGGUCGCAAUCCCUGCAUUGAACUCGUGGAAUUCGCCUUGUUCCUUCCUCUAAUUUCUUUUCCUUUUUUUCCCACAAGACUCUUUAUCGACAGAAAUCGAUUCAAUACCACUGUGUCUCGCCAUUCGUUCGCUCAUCCUACGUACGUCCUGAAAAGGUAACUGACGUUAUAAAAUAACGUAACUCACGAACUGCCGAAUAUUUUGAACGAUAACGAGUCCCUUGUACGUUUCUUGCUCUCUUCCGUAUUUGUACAAAGUACAAAGAUUAGAUGAAAUUGAAAAGGAAAUUGAACGACUAUUGAUAAAUUAAUGGGGCAAGAGUAAGCAAGAUGGUUCCGUUCUUUCACGAAUCAACGAGGAAACGACACGAGUCACGUGUAGAGAUUGAACUUGACUUUCAUUGUUCAACGAAAGAUUGUGUCAGAGAUCACCGCACGUACGCAAAAUCCAUUGUUAUUCUAAUUUCUUUGCGGUUACGCGUUUACGAUUCUACUUUUGUGCGAAUAGAAUCGAUAAUAGGAGGUCUCUGAGUUGCGUUGUUUGUUGGGUUACGGUAGCGUUUGUAAAAGUCCCAUUGAUCGAAUCGAAAUACCAAAUAGGCAAGGUCAAGAAUUAGUCUCGAAUUAGAAUUGUUUGAUUCGUAGAUUCGUUGAAUAAGACCAGCAGUGAAAUAAUAGAAUUAGGAAAAUGGAGAAAAAGCAAUCUCAGUGGUAAUAUUCAACCGAUGAGACGAUGUACCAGCGGAAAUCAAUUACAAAAUGUUUCGGAGGGAAACGUCGGUAAAUUUGUUUCCGCGUAGAACGAUGACAUUGCGAUUUAUUCUACAGCUGCAAUUUACGAAUGAUGUAACGAAUCGUGAUUAAUAAUUACGAUACGCGCUGUAUAUACUACAUAGCGAUCUAUGGAAACGGUUCGAACACCACCACGAUAAUGAUUAGGAUAAUUAGAUAAUAUUACUUUCUUCUGGAAUAUAGAAAGUUCUUGUUAGAGAACAGCUGGAUUCCCAGCUCGCGAUAGAUGUCGUAAUCUUUGGUAAUGAAAAUUAUGUAGCAGAACCACGUCUACGAUCGAACGGCUGUUAUGAAAGUGUAAAUGAAUAGCGCGCGCUAAUAUUUAGCUUACGACAUCAAACGAUUCUCUGUUACUGAAUAUUAAAUAAGAACGCGGGAAAUCUCUAUCGUAUAAACGAACAAUUAUUCAGCGACGAUGAAAAUACCAUGAGCAUUCGAAUCCUUUGUCAAGUACGUUUAUAUGCUACUCGCAUAAGUUUCGAGGCAUAUCAAAACAUUAGUCUUCCAUUGGUAUUUCAUCCAAGGUAAUCCGGAAAUGGCCACUCGUCAGAGAGAAAGUGUCUUGAACGAUGAAGUAGGUCAUCGGCUAGGUAACAAGCAAGUCAUCCUACACGCGAAUGAUGCUUCGGGCAGAUAUACCAACGGCUUCCUAUGGGGAAACUCCUACUAUGUCGGUUCAGCUAUCCAGUGUGCCUACAUCAACGAAGACUAUGGAAGAAAAAUGGCGAAAAUCCAAGAGAAACCGACGAAGGAGGCGAAAGAGUUUAACAGCGAGCCGCAAAAAAUGCACGGAGGCCUCACUGAAAAUAAUCUCUGGACCGGGACAAGAUCGAACAAGUCGCCUCACAAAUUGGGAUUUUAUAUGAUGACCAUUUCAGUGAAUACCACUUUAUUUCCUACGACAAGAAUGAUUUAUCUAGGAGUAUGUUUACCUUUCUCGUGCAACGCUUCCGACGUUUCUGUGAUAGCAAAACUUGCUGGCAGCGAACAGGCAAUGAAACAUUCCACGCUUCACAAGGUUCGAGAUCAGCAUGAUAUGUACGAUAUGUACGAGGACCCAGUCUUCUGGAUUCUAUCUGGUGUGACCGUUGUGGUCGUCUUGCUGAUGGCAAUUGGGACCGGAUAUGAUAUCUAUAUAACGAGAAAAUAUACUCGAGGAAGAAAAGUGAUUUACGAUUUGGAAAGGCACGCGAAACUUGACCAGUUAACUGGCAGAAGUCAAAAGUCUCUCAAUACUGCUUUUCAAGGUAAGGUCUACCUUCCUGUUCCAGCGGCAGAAGCUAUCAUCAACGUACCUCAAUCCUUAGCAAUUAAUAACAACAACGAUCACGAAGUUAGUCUACGCUCAGACGAUCCGAAAGUACAUAAAUUCAGUGUCUUCGAAGAGUUGCUGCUUUCUUUCUCGGUUCGAGCUAAUGUAAAAAUUAUUUGUGACAAUAAAGUCGGAGGCGAUACGAUCAGUACCAUUCAUGGUCUCAGAGCGAUAUCCAUGGCCUGGGUUAUUCUCGGUCACACUUGUAUUAUCAUAUUCAAGUACUCGGAUAAUAUGGAAUAUCGAAAAAUUGUGGAAAGAAAAUUCCUCUUUCAAACUAUAACGAACGGAGCUUUCAGCGUCGAUACGUUUUUCUUCAUGGGAGGCUUACUCGUGAGUUUCCUCUACUUCAGGACAAACGCGAAAGGAGACUUGAAUAAACUGACGCAGGGCACACGGGGCAUCGUCGCAGGUGGCCUCAAGUUCAUCGGUCUCCUCAUGUACCGAUUUUGUAGACUCACAGCUCCCUACAUGUUCAUACUCGGAGUUAAUCAAAUCGUAAUGAAAUGGUUUCAUUCGAAUUCCGUGUUUGAACCACCGACCGCGGAUCAUUACAACUGUCCCAAUUACUGGUGGAGGAAUUUACUCUAUAUCAAUACUUUAUUCCCGGUAGACCAAAUGUGCAUGAUUUGGAGCUGGUAUGUUGCGGAUGACACUCAAUUUUACAUUAUUGGCGCCGUGAUAUUAGUUUUAGCGACAAACCACUUUAAAAUUGCAACCUUCGCGAUGACUACUUUACUACUAAGCUCCUGGAUAACAACAGGAUACAUUGCUUUGAUAAAUAAUCACAUGCCAAGCUCGGACGACCCGUUGGCGCUUUUCGAUAAGAUCUACGAUAAACCAUGGACUAGAUUAGGUCCUUAUUUUAUAGGCAUGUCGGUAGGAUACUUCCUUUUCAAGACUGAUUGCAAAAUAAAAAUGUCCAAGACGACAAUUUGCAUAGGAUGGCUCCUUUCUUUGGCAUCUCUUUCAAGUUUAUUGUACGGUCUGUACGAAACAGAACUUAGUCCUAUAAUGGCAGCUAGUUAUUCUUCGUUAAGUCACAGCGUAUGGGCGCUUGGUUUAUCGUGGAUCGUCGUUGCAUGUAGCACAGGUUACGGAGGAUACGUGAACAGUAUUCUGUCAGCACCGAUUUUAUAUCCAGUUAGCAGAAUAACGUAUUGCGCUUACUUGGUACAUCCGCUUGUGAUUCGAAUGACACCUAUGAACUUGGACUCACCACUUCAUUUAGGAAAAUAUACCAUGAUGAUCACUUUCUUUGGAGCACUGGUUUCAUCGUAUAUAUUAUCAUUUAUCAUAUCGGUAUCCUUCGAAGCUCCUAUUGUGAGCAUGUUAAAGAUACUUUCCCCCAAGAAACGAAAACGCAUACAAUGAUGCCGUGACGCGAUUAUUCGGCAUACUAUAAUUCAUAAAAUUAUUUGUCUUUAUUGUAUGUAAUUAAUGUAAAGAAGAAAUUAGGAAUCAGUGAGAAAAUGUAGACGCGUGCGUAAAAAUUAAGCACAAUUAUACAUUAUUACACUAUUCUGCAUAGUAAUGUAAGUAUUUUGCGUAGUGUUAAGGUUACUAUGUAUUAUUACUUAUAAAAUAAAUUAUUUACCUUUGUA